UUUGCCCCACCCAAGCACAGGGCCCGAGAACAACCUCCUCCCUCCUCCCAAAAGCUGACAGCUGAGGGCACACUGCAGACUGAAAAAGGAAGCUGCCAAACUCUUAACUUCAUUUUCAUCAGCUUUUGCUUUGCCCAUCAGGCCAGCCUCAGCCGCAUCCCCACUUCUGCACAGCCCUGCGUGCUACCGGGAACCCGCCACAGCUGGAGCCCAGGCAAAAACCACUUGAGGAGCCGAGAAGGCUCCAGAACUGGUUUCGACUACUUUUCAAGCUUGGGAGAUCAUCAAGUGUCCAGCAGUAAUGCCAACAGCAGAAACAGCUGUCCCGUUGUAAUCUUCACUGCAGAAGCGCUUUUGGAGGGUUUAGUGGGAAACUGAAACGACCAAGACUUCCCUUGCUGCUUAGGCUGAAUCCCUCUUUGGCCCCUUUUGAAGUAUCCCUGGUAUCAGCAACCUGCUCCAGAGGCUGGGACACCAGGCAGGAGGAAGGGACAGCAGUGAAGGUGUCGUGCUCCUGGAGCAGCCCCUCGCACGUCAGCCGGCCUAAGGCCAUUUCACCCCCCAUCGGUGUGUCCCUCGGUGCUGGGAGGUGGGCCAGCACGGCCCCCCACUGCGGUACACGCUGCCUCUUGCUCUCGGGACGAGAUGGCUGCCCUCAUUGCCGAGAACUUCCGCUUCCUCUCCUUGUUCUUCAAGAGCAAAGACGUGAUGAUCUUCAAUGGUUUGGUGGCCCUGGGCACGGUGGGCAGCGAGGAGCUCUUCUCAGUCGUUGCCUUCAACUGCCCCUGCUCCCCUGCCCGCAACUACAUCUAUGGGCUGGCCGCCAUCGGCGUCCCAGCCCUGGCCCUCUUCCUCAUUGGCGUCAUCUGGAACAACCACACCUGGAACCUGGUGGCUGAGUGCCACAAGCGUGGCACCAAGAACUUCUCUGCCGCUGCGACCUUUCUCCUCUUCGGCUCCAUCAUGGGCCGCGCGGCCGUGGCGCCUGUCACCUGGUCAGUGAUCUCACUGCUGCGCGGGGAGGCUUACAUCUGCGCCCUCAGUGAGUUUGUCAGGCCGUCCUCCCUGGACAAGUUCCCAGCCGAUUAUGGGGCUGAGGUGCUGGCCAGGUUCCCCUGUAAAGAUGUGCCAGCAAACCUCACCAAGUUCAGGGACGAGGUGACGCGGAGGCUGAGAUACGAGUCCCAGCUCUUUGGCUGGCUGCUCAUUGGCAUCGUUGCGGUCCUGGUUUUCCUCACCAAGUGCCUGAAGCACUGCUGCUCACCGCUGAGCUACCGGCAGGAGGCUUACUGGGCUCAGUACCGCUCCAACGAGGACAAGCUCUUCCGACGCACGGCCGAGGUCCACUCCAGGAUCCUGGCAGCCAAGAACGUGAAGCAAUUCUUUGGCUUUGUGGCGCUGGACAAGGAGGAGAAGGAGCUAGUGCAGGAGUUCCCGGUGGAGGGCGUCCAGCCGAGCCCCCAGUGGAACGCCAUCACGGGCGUCUACAUCUACCGGGAGAACAAGGGCUUCCCCCUCUACAGCCGGCUCCACAAAUGGGCCAAAGGGGUGGAAGGGAAUGGGCCAAGUCCAGAAGGCCACGAAAUGCUCUUUUUGGCUUCCUAAGACAGGCACUGGCAGCGGUUCCCCAGACUGCCUGGCAGGCCUACCAGUAUCGGUGCGUGGCCGAGGGAUUCACUGGGAAUAUUCCUCCUAGCAGGAUUUCUUCUCUCAGUAGGUAAACAGGGAUCAAGAGCCUCAAGGUAAGAGACUGAUAAGCAAUACAGAGCUGGGGAACCCCUCCCUCCGAGACAACCAUCUCGUUGCUGCUCCCAGAGACAUCAGGGGAGCAAAGAGCAGAUGCACACCUUACCUCCGGGCUGCCCGUGCACCCUGCUGCCUAAUGCGCCAGCAGAAGCCUCGGGGAGCAAGAGGUGGGCACGACAUUUCUAACAGUGAUUCCUGCAGUCCCACUGGUCUCCCCCAUGGCAGGGUUAGCCCCAGCCAUCCUGCACACCUACUUGUUUUAUUGACAUUGGUAUCUUCUUACACAGUCACGCGGUGCCUGUUACGCAGGCAGGUCCCGGAGCACUUUACAGGCUUUACAGCGCAGGGAAAAAGAGGGAAGCAGUGGGUAAAUUCCUGUGGCAACAGGGAUGCAAUAGCACCUGUAAAGGAAUGGGUCAGUAAUAAAGCAGCAUACCGAAUAACUGAGAGACUAAGGCCGGAGGAAUCACCAAUAUUCCCGGUAUUCAGAAAGACACUGUAAUUACCAAGUUGGAAUUUGGGUAGGACACCAAACUCCCUUUGUUCUUACUGAAGUGCCUGGCAAUCUCUAAUGAGCCCAAAUGGUCGCAACCAUGAAUUUAUAAACCCAGAAGAUGGCACCAUGGGCAGAAUAGCUUUCAGGCGAGGUGGCGGAGGCUGAGAGGAAGCAGUGCCAACAGUGAGCCACACCACCGUCUGCAGCUCGUCACAUUUCUCAUCCAACCAUUGAUGAGUCCUGCUUGUUUGGGUUUCGAGUUGCAGCAAGACCUCAACCAGAAUGCAACUGGUUUACAUAUAUGUAUAUAUAUACAUAAUGUGUAUAUAUAUAUAUAUAGUGUAUAUACUAUAUAAUUGUAGUAAGUAAGCUGUAUUAAUGGAGCAUCUUUCUUUGAGGGAAAGGAGACAAAGUUACCAGCCAAAACAUCUGCUGCACUGAGACUGCAGCCCGGGAGUGGUGGGCUGGGGCGAGCAGCCCUCUCUCUACCCUUCUACCACUGAAUUUUCUUAAACUCUUUCCACUGCCUUAAAUGUCCCUGCAGCAGAAGGUCUCUUUUAUGGACUUGGCCAUCCUCUGAGAAAGGAAAGCCAGAAAGGUGUAAAAUUCCUGCCCUCACCAUGAUGCUGUGCUGACUAUGGCUUCAAGGCCACUCUUAGGGCACUACACAGUCCCUUUUCUCCCGAGGGUCAGCCCUACAUACCCAACACUGUUUCAAGAGUUGGCAGGAAAAUGAAUUUUAUUUUUGCUACUUGUACUGUUUCUUUAUAGGUACAACUUCCUUUUAUACCAUACUGUUUACCAAAAAGCCUUAAGUUGUUCAAAAAAAUGACUCAAACCCACAGAAUUCAGAGGGGCUUACACACAAGGAGAUUUGAAAUAAAUUAUUAAAUGAGAGUUAUUUUUCAGUGCCUUCUGACUUUUUUUUCGGGGGGGCACAAAAGGCAUAAUUUAGCAUUCUCUUUGAACUCAAGGACUGGGAACUUAUUUUUUCUUUCUAUUAAACAUUCAGAUCCUCUC